AGUGAUGCCCAAACAAUGUCUUCGUUGCUCCUUCUAUCUCAAGACAACUCACUACAUCAUUCACAAUAAGGUAACAGUGAAUGUAGUACGUACCCGCCUAGCCUAAUGCUAGCCCCACCAUCAAUACCCAAACGCCUACGCCUACGCCAACAACCUAGAGGUUGGAGACCGUUCAGCUCUAACAGGCGCAUCCAUUGUCUUACUUUCCCAUCUUUUUUCUAAGUACCUAGACAAACACGAUCAAGUUCGACCUUAGUCCGAAAAAAACAAACCAUUAUUACAUAGACGUCCUCGACGAGACACCACUUUGUUGUUUUUAUCGACCCGACUUAAGCAUUGUCCGUACUCCCCGCCGCAAGUCCACGAGUUCGCGAGUUCAAGUAUCAACCCCUCCUCCGCAUUCCAACCGCCGAAGCUUCCUCUCUCUCGUCCCCCCACAAACUACCGAACCUCUUGGUUUACCAACAAAGCCGAAGCCGUCGCGAUUUGCGCUUUGUAUACCACGGAAUAAAUAAAUAAAUAAUCAAGCAGCGCAUUUUCUCCAAGUCAUCAGCAUAUCUUACCCUCUGCUUGUCGAGCGUCGAUCUACGGGGUCCUUGUCGACCAUACAUACAUACAUACAUACCAUCAUCAUCUACCAAUAUAUACCUAUCGUCUCUCAGAGAUCGCCUAGUUCCCUAGGUACCCAAUAGGUGUGAUAUCAGUUGUCGCGAUGCCACCGCUAUCGUCCGUCCAGAAAGCGGCGGUAGCCAGCUUUGUCUCGAUAACAGGUGCUCCUGAAAAGGCCGCCACGAGAUAUCUCAAGAACACAAAUUACAAGCUGAACGAGGCCGUCGAUUCAUAUUUCCAGGGGACUGGCGGCGCAUCAUCUACAGCCAAGGAUUCACAGCUCACCAAGCUAUUCGACAGUCUGAGAAAUGCCCAAGAGGACCCAAAAGAUUCGCUCGGCGCGGAUUCAUCUAUGGCCUAUCUGAAUUCUAUCGGGGUUGAUCUGGAGGGGGCAUCGCUUUUCCUUGCUAUGGAACUCGUGCAAGCUCCCACCAUAGGAGAGAUCACCCGAACGGGAUUCAUAAAUGGCUGGAAAGCUCACCACGUGACUGAGGCCAAAACCGAAAGCCAGAAGCAGUAUUUCAAGCGUCUUGCCGACUCACUAAGCAAAGAUCGAGACCUAUUUCGCAGAGUGUACAGGUACGCUUUCGUGGUCGGCCGAGAAGGAGACCAACGGGCUCUCUCCCUGGACAACGCAAUCCUGUACUGGGAGCUGCUGUUCAAGAAGCCAGGAAUGGUAUGGAUCGGAGAGACGACAGGCAUAGAUUGGCUGGCCGAGUGGAUCUCGUUUCUACGAGAGAAUUGGACGCGCUCAGUUAGUCGCGAUAUGUGGAACCAGACAUUUGAGUUUGCGCUUAAGAGCAUGGCGGACGAGGCAUUGAGUUUCUGGAGUGAAGACGGGGCUUGGCCGGGCGUUAUCGACGACUUUGUAGCUUGGUACAAGCGCAAGUCGUCGGCGAUGGACGUCGAUGCUUGACCAGUUAUUUCCCGGGCCGGUCGAUCUAGUCCCCCUCGAUAUCCAUCCCUUCCAUCCCGUAGAGCGGAUUUUGACGUGAAGUUGUUGGGUGAGGCAGAGAAGUAUGAGAAGAUACGAAAGUCGUGUGGGCAGGCUUCGGUACCUUAAGCUUACCCCAGUACGAUAAGCGAAACGAUAUAGGAGAUAUUACCACAGCGCCGCGCGGAAUAUGAGAAAUUAGCUUUGCUUUGCGUUAAACAAACCAUCGCCACCCUUGGCCCCCUUUUUAAAAAAAAGAAAAAAAAAAAAGGCACAGCGAAGGGAGGGUUGGUUUAAUCAAUAAUCAAUACACAUAUCAUAAACAUUAUAAACGGAUUGGAGCGAAAU